CGUGAUGAAGGCCAUGCACGGGUCACGUGAUCAGGGUCUGACGCUUGUUCUUCACCUGCUCGAUAUGUGCCCAACACUGUCGCGCAGGUGAAUUAACCGGCAGUUCGGAUUAAGUGGGCAUUACUUAGUAUAUACACGUGUAAAGCAAGAAGGGUCUAUAGAUGUAGCAUUUUGAUAGGAAGCUGGCUUUUAAAACACAAGUAAUGUUUUCUCUUUAAAUAGGUUUGCGGUCGGUAAAACGAGGAAGCAAAAUCUUUUGAUCGUAAGUGACAGGUCUCCGAAAGGCAGCCAUUACACCUGGCUGUGGCAUCUUUCGCGUUCGUCCGAGAUUAAGUCCGAGAGUGUUUUAAAUGCAAAGAUUGAUCGCAGAUUGGAGAUUUGUUUAUGGCGUGUACAGUUGUGCACUCCUGAGAGCAACAGGUGUAUUUUCUUCGUGAUGAAGUCUUUCUAAAAUCCAGUCACGAUCUAGUUAAAUCUUUAAACUUUGUUACGUUGUUAAAACGCUGGAGAGGAACUUGUACGAUAAGAUGAAUGGUUCUGAUUCUUGGACGGAAGCGAACACCACACCUGAGAUGGAUGUAAAAAUCCCCAGGCAAGAGUCAAAGCUUCUGGCUCACAUGCUGCCAAACAUGACAGACAUGAAAAACAUGACCUUCGUGCUGUCGGAGAACGGCUCCAUCGUGGAGGACGAGAUCUUCCUCAACACCGUGGCCGCCCAGGCCCUGUCGGGGGUCUUCGUUUGGUCUGCGCUACUCAUUACUUGCCACCAGAUCUACUUGCACCUGCGCUCCUAUACCGUCCCCAACGAGCAGCGCUACAUCAUCCGCAUCCUCUUCAUCGUCCCCAUCUACGCCUUCGACUCGUGGCUCAGCCUGCUCUUCAUCAGCAACGACCAAUACUACGUCUACUUCGAUUCCAUCCGUGACUGUUACGAAGCGUUUGUCAUAUACAACUUCCUGAGCCUCUCGUUCGAGUACCUGGGAGGGGAGAGUUCCAUCAUGGCUGAAAUCCGAGGGAAGCCCAUCCAGUCCAGCUGCCUGUACGGCACGUGCUGUUUGGGAGGGAGCAGCUAUUCCAUCGGGUUUCUGCGCUUCUGCAAACAGGCGACACUGCAGUUCUGUGUCGUGAAACCCACCAUGGCUGUCAUCACCAUCUUCCUUCAGGCUUUCGGCAAAUAUCACGACGGAGACUUUAAUGUCACCGGGGGCUACCUCUACAUCACCAUCAUCUACAACAUCUCCGUUAGCCUGGCUCUCUACGCCCUCUUCCUCUUCUACUUCGCCACUAGCGAGCUCCUGCGGCCAUACGAGCCUGUGCUGAAGUUCCUCACCAUCAAGUCCGUCAUUUUCCUCUCCUUCUGGCAAGGCAUGGUUCUGGCCAUCCUGGAGCGAUGUGGCGUCAUCCCGGAGGCGCUGGUCAUCGACGGGCACGAGGUGGGUGCCGGUACCGUGGCAGCAGGCUGGCAGAACUUCAUCAUCUGCAUCGAGAUGUUCUUCGCUGCCAUCGCCCUCCGUUACGCCUUCACCUGCACCGUGUACCGGGAGAAGGACAACAAGGCUCCAGCCAACGGGGCGCCCAUGCAGAGCAUCUCCAGCGGGCUGAAGGAGACCAUCAACCCUAACGACAUGGUGCAGGACGCCAUCCACAACUUCUCCCCAGCUUACCAGCAGUACACGCAGCAGUCCACCCAGGAGGUGGAGCAAAAUGGCAAAGCGACCACCGCUGUCGCAAGCUCCAAGAAGCCCAAGAAGAACGACAAGAUUAUGCUGAUCACUUCAGAUGAUGAGUUCUAGGGCCCUGGGGAUGUGGUGGGGGGGAGGGGCCGAGGCUGGUCACCUGACAUUAAGGGGAGCCUUCCAAGCCCAGCCGAUUGGUUCCCCUGCCUGUCGCCACAAAUGCCAUUGGCUAUCAGCCAAACCUGACUGGAGAGACUGAACUUUCAGCUCCAAAUUGGGAUGCAGAGGAGCCUUUUCUCCUUUCAGCGCCUACAGAUCUGAUGCUCAAGAGGACAACCCGCCAAGCAUGGGUGUUGAAGGCCAAGUAUUAUCUGCUGUGGUUCGAUGCUCUGCGUUUUGUGUACAGUCGGGAGGUUGUAGGGGCAUCAGGAAUCAGAAAAGAUACGUAGAGAAACCUUUGCGCUGAUUUAUAAUGCAAUGUUGGACCUCGGUAAUGGUUUUUACAGCAGUAAAUUAACGGUGGACUUUGAGCAUAGGAUCGAAAAUCAUUCUUCCCCUCAAGGGUCAAAGCUAUGAGACCAUGCACUAGUAAAGCACCGCGUAAUAGGCAUGCAAUUUUUUUCCCCUCAUUAUUUAAUUUUAAUGAUAUUUCUUUUAAAUUUUGCACAAGCUAUGUAUGUAUGGAUUAAACAAACUUCCUGUUAAUGAACACCUGUCCUGUUUAUAAAGAAGUUUUCAUUUUUAAUUUUAUGACGCGAGAUUGCCGCAACGCAUUCCUCAUAUGUCUGUCAUGGGAAAAAUUGCUUUAGUUCUGAUGGCUCACGUUAAGAUGGAUUUCGUCAUUCUGUGCCGUAAAUGUGCAUGUAAAAAUGCGUUUAUUGACAGGAAAGUGCGCAUCACACCAGUUCCACAAGGACUCGUCCUGCUUGGUUUGAAAAAACACGGUUACCUCAGAACUAAUUUGGGAAUUAAGUUGGAAAGGGAGAAUCUUUUUAGACAUAUCUUCCACCUUUGACCUUUUAUAUAAUUUUUCUUUACUCCGCUAAUGCAGCUUGUCACUUAGUUGUGUGGUGUGAUAUUCUAAAUUCUUGUUUAGCAUAACAUAUCCCUGAUGCAUUAAGGUGCAAGUCUGUAUAUGCUUAAUAUAUCGAAGCUUUAAAUGCUGAGAAAUCAGGUGUUAAUGGUGACGUGACAGGACUCCACCACAGGAUUUAUGCAUAUUGCAGUAUUUCUACAAGCGUUGUGUACAAGCUAUUUUAAUUCACUGUGUCACUAACUUUUUUUGUUUCAUUCACACUGGUGCCAACGACAGCCGCCGUGUGCGAGCUGGAAUCGCGAGGUAGGGGUGGGGCUGUCAAAAGUUGGUUCGGCGUUCCUGUGUGGGACUCAGGGCAGGGGUUCCCAACCACCCCCCCCCCCCCCAACCAACCCUGUCUGUGGCUGCCUUUCUUUUUCCAGAGCCGAAAUGCAUCCCAAGAAAUGACAUCCACCCCCCAAAAAAAGACAAAUAAAAAGUAAACCAAAUUAAGCAGUGGAAUUAAGCCCACAUGAAUGGCUUCUGGGAUAGUAACCCUUCUUGGAAACUAGAGAGACUCAGAAUUAAGGUGGCCUCUUUCCACAGAUAUAGCCUCGUCUGAUCAUCUGUUGUAAAAUAUUGUUUACUUGUAUGUGCACAAUAAAACAUUUUAAACAA